GGAUGUCAAAGGGACGUCUGGCCCCUGCAAAACAUAAAGAUCGGAGUAGGAGCUCAGUUUUAUUUUUGUUUUUCUUUUCCAAAAACAAUAAAUCUAAGUAAUAAAACUAAUUAAAAAUGCUAAAAACUGUUGGAAAAUACGAGACGGAAACGAAGGUGUUUGUUUUCAAAGUAAAGGAAAAGACAGAAGCUGCGUUGGUUAAUAUAUUCGACAGCACAAAUAAUUACGUUGACGAGUUUUCAUUAGUUCCUGUGGAUGAGAAUUUUGAAGCGACUGAAGAUUUCUUAGCGAGAAAGUUUGAAGAAGAUAACGAACACUCCACCAAGGAGGGUGCUUCAGUUUCUCAAUCGAACGCAGAGUCGAGCUCGCAAGCAUCUCCAUUUAAGUCUCCGGGAAAAGGUUUGCAGAACUGUGACCUCUGCGGGAAGCAGGUGACGAAUUUAUCUCAACAUCGGAAACAUCAUAAAGAGAAAAUAACUUGUAAGGUUUGCAAUCGACCCGUGAGGAAAGCAGUAAGCCAUCGCCAUGUUUGCAACUUGAAGUUUUACGGAUGCAUCUGUGGUGCGAGAUUUGCUCUGAAGAGUGAGAUUGAGGGUCAUUUGAGGACUUUGCGGAAAAAGGAAAUAUGGGAAAGGAAGCAUGAGUUCCAAUGUUGCAGAUGUCUGACGCAAUUGGCAAAAGUUGAUGACCUGGAGGGUCAUUUGAGUAGUGAACAUAAGAUUUUCAUUUGUCUGCUCUGCUACAAGAACUUCCCGAAUGAGGGAUCACUGUGGGAGCAUCGUGACAAUCAUCAUCGAGAAUUGAUAACAUGCAGUGUCUGUUCACUCAUUUUGCCCUCCAAGGAGAGCCUUACGCAUCACAUGAAGUUUAUUCACGUGGUUGAUGGCAAUGUUACUUGUUCCUUGUGCUUCUGGAUCUUCAGCACCAAAGAAGAACUGAAAUGUCACAUGGAAGAUGUUCAUGAGAAUACAAAAGGCUACACGUGCAAGUUUUGUGGGAAAGUUCGCUUCCGGGCUGAUUCUCUAACUCGCCAUAUGAUUAAUCACGUCGAUGAGAAACCCUUCCAAUGCGCCUUUUGUUAUUCGUCCUUCAAGCUUCCCAGAGAACUCAGGAAGCACAAUUCUGCCCACAAGGAGUUCAUGAUCAAGUGUCCAUCGUGUGAAUCCUUCCAUUUGAACCAGCAGGAGCUAAAUCUUCAUCUUAAAAGGCAUCCGAGUCAUCGGAAAAUGACUGGAAUUACCGGAAGUCCUUAAAAAACGCUUUUUUUUUAUUAAAAAUUACUUUAUUUUCUGAGACUUUUGUCUCAAUUUGCUUCAAUUGCUCCUGAUCUUUGGAUUGGAAUCUCCCAGAACGAGUUUUAUAAUAAAGAGCAGAGUCAGGAAGAUCAGGAGACUAAUUACUCAUUUAGCUUUCUUCUUCUUCUGUUGACCCUUGGAUUUCUUAUUCUUGAAGAAGACCGCCAGCAGAGCUGUGAGGAAUGUCAAUCCAAAGCCCACGGUAAUAAACAGAACCACAUAUGGAUACUCCUCGAUGGCCUUUUCGGCAAACUUCACAGACUUCUGGACCAUUUUGACCCCGAGAUCAACAAGAUUGUCACUAGAAAGAGAGAAAAAUCCUCAAAAAAAACUGUUCCGGAUGGAACUUUUCCUGCAUAACUUACAAAGGAGAUUGAGGAACAGGAACGCUAUGAGGAGUGGCAUUUUUAUACCAUUCCUGGGCAAAGGUCACCAGAGAUUUCACAUCGAACUUCUUUAUCUCAUACUUGUAGUACUUUCCCUGGCGGAUA